AUGGGAUUUGUAAGAACCCUUGGAAUAUUCCUCGGCUUUUGCGCCACCAUUCUUUCGUUCUACUGCCUGAUCACGCCCUUUUGGGCGACAAACGUCUCAAAUAACAACGGCAUCCAGACGACCAACCAAAAAGCACUCGGCUUAUGGAAGUACUGCGAAAAGCCACAGAAUGCUGGAAACUACCAAUGCCAGUCGUUGAGCCAAUUCGGUAUCGCCCAGCUCGCCCAGUACGGUAUCGUCGGUUUCCGAGUCCUUGUCAUUCUCGGCUGCAUUUUCGGAACUGGCGGCUUUUUCGCCGGCGUUGCUUCUUCUGAUUCUGUCAAUAUUGCUUCCACAAAGAAAGACAAGGGACGAGCAGCAGGCGGCGCGGCUGGAAUGUUUUCCCUCGCUGGAGUUUUGAUCCUCGCGGCUACUUCCUGGGCGGCGAAUUCAAUCAUCAAGAGAUGGAAGCAGCUUCAGAUGGGUGGCGGUGGAAUGAGCAUCAAUGCUGGAACUCAGUGGACUUUGGGCGCGGCUAUCUACGCCGGCUGGAUCGCCGCUGCUAUUUACAUUGGCGUCGCAAUCAUCAUGUUCAUGGGCUGCUGCCAGAGCUCGGGCGAUGACGAAGACGAAUACGAAGAUGACUACCGAGGAGCUCCUGCUGCGUACGCCGAGUCGGGAUAUUCCCAAGGCCGAAAAGAAUUCGUCUAA